GCGAUUUCAUCCAUUUUAUUGUUAUAAUUGUGGACAUGAACUAGAAAAUGAAUUGAAAGAUACACGAUGGUAAUAAUGGACUUGUAGGUAAUCAUGUGAAUGUAUUACUCUAUUGCGAUAGCAUAUAGUUUUAUCAGUUGAACAUUGGCUGACAUUACGAGAGCACAGUCGUAUAACAAUAUCGUGUCACUCUUGUCUCUAGGAGAAGCGAUUAUACAGGAUCUUCCUGAUAUCCGAGUGUGGCAGUGGAUUCCCUACCUGACUACCAUUUAUCUUCGUCAGUUGACUGCGACACUACUCUACGCUACAUGUGAUGAUUCUAUUCAUACAGGAAUAGUCGUUUUCUACAUUCCCAACAUCUGGAAGAGUUCUCUUGAGACUGGGGCGUUCUGUGAGACGCUGUCAUAUUGUUUAUUAAUUAAUUCCACGAGGAACGAAUCCACGAAAAUUAAAAACAUUAAAUUUAUUGAUAUCUCAUUCUUUGUGAAUUCGACAUAAACAUUUAUUCAGCGUUAAAGAAUUUGGUUGAAUAUUGAAUAUUCAGUUUGUAACAUCUCCUAGCAACGGUCGACAUAGUGACUGGUAUAUUUUUGUGUUAACUGUGAUUUUUGUGAAAGGGAUUACAGUGUUAUAUUUCACACCAUUCCAAGUUUGAUCAGUAGUAAUUCUAUUUAUAUUAAAGAGUGUUAGAGAUAUAAACAAUCUAUCGGACUUAUACACCAUUUAUAUUUCAUGGUUUUAACAGGUCGGUAGUAACGAACAACACAUUCAAACAAUUCUCUCAAUUUUAUACAAUUUAUUUCUAAUGUCGGAAAUUACUGACAGAAUUUUUACAGUAUAUUUUCUAAUGUCGGAAAUAUUUUAUUCGUUUGUUGUUUGAGAAAUUGACAGAUUUUAUGCUUCACAUGACAUUGUGAUUUUAUGAGUUUUCUGAGAAAUCAAGAAUAUUCAGAUAUUUUUUUUGUUAUUCAAAAUUUGAGGAGACGGAGCUAUGUUUUGUGAAUAAUAUUUAAAGUAAAAUUCAUAUAUGUGCUCAAUAUGCUGAUUGACCAUUGACUCUCAGUGCGUUUAAAUUAUCUUAACGAAAAUCGUGAAUUUUUAAAGGCGGAGAUAAACUAGUUGUGUAUAAAAUAUUUGAUUUCUUUGAAAGAAAAACACAAAUUUUAUUCAGUGAGCUUGACAUUCGAGUUUUAAUUGAUAUUUAUGAAUGUUACGAAAAGUUUGCUAAAAAACGGGCGAAUGUUUCGAAUGAUCAUCUAUCAGUUGUUCCCUCCACUCAGAAAGCACCUGUUGUUCUCCAAGGAAAAAAACAAUGAUAUCGAUGACUUGGAGAUGCAGGUUGUUAGGUAUAAACCGGAAGGGCUUGAUAUACUCUGCCGAAACACAAAGUUUUCGCGCAAAGAAUUACAGAUAAUGUACCGAGGAUUUAAACAGGAAUGUCCAACAGGGAUAGUAAAUGAAGAAACAUUUAAAGAUAUUUAUGCUCAGUUCUUUCCUCAGGGUGAUUCGAGUCAGUACGCUCAUUAUGUGUUCAGCACAUUUGAUCAUGAUAAUAAUGGUUCUAUCAGUUUUGAGGAGUUUGUGAUGGGGUUGUCUGUUCUAUCACGAGGAACGUUACAGGAAAGGUUACAAUGGGCCUUUAAUUUAUACGACAUCAAUGGUGACGGUAUAAUCACUAAAGAUGAGAUGGUAGAUAUAGUAUCGGCGAUUUAUGAAAUGAUGGGAAGGUACUCGGAACAUAUCUGUGACGAGAACACACCACGAGAACAUGUUGAUCAAGUUUUUCAGAAAAUGGAUCUGAAUAUGGAUGGUGUAAUAUCGUUAGAGGAAUUUAUGGACACCUGUAAAAGGGAUGAGAAUAUAACGAAAGGGAUGUCGAUUUUUGACACAGUUCUUUGAUGUUCCGUUAAUCUAACCCAGAUCUAUUUAUUCCAAAAUUUGACACAGUUCAAACUUUUUAAAAGAGGGCAAACACAAACAGACAAUUUAAGAAAUAAGUUUGUUGUCUUCAAACCAGAUGCAUUGCACUCCGGAAGAGAAAAAAUGAGCUUUGCAUACUUUGUCAAAAUGGAUAUUUAUAGAAUAAAUCUUUGUGUGAAUUUAAGAAGUGUGAAUUCUAGGAUGGCAUUAAGUUUGGAAAAAUCAACGUUUGUGUUGAGAAUUCUGAGAAGAUCGAGAAUGUUCUUGGCAGUUGACUGUUAAAUAUUUCUAGCUUGUGUCGUCUCGUGCAUCUAGAAUUUUGUGCAAGUUGAGUGUUAUUGAUGUUUGGGAAAUGCCGCAGAUUAUGGUUUUUGUGAACGAGAUUUAAAACGAAGACUUUUAGACUUUUAUUAAUUCUUUUACUCAAUCAAUUUUAAAUAUUUAUCAUCUCUUGUUGUUAAUAUGAAUGAAUGAUUGAUGCCCCCAUGUGUCCAUGUUUGAAAUGUCCCCCCCCCCCAACGUGUCAAUGUUUGAAAUAUUUGAUGCCCCCCACCCCAACGUGUCAAUGUUUGAAAUAUUUGAUGCCCCACCCCUGCCAUUGAUACCCCAUGUGUCCAUGUUUGAAAUGCCCUCCCCCCCCACACACACACAAUAUGUCCAUGUUUGAAAAAAUUGAUGCGCCCAUCCCUUCCAUUGAUCCCCCACGUGUCUGCAUUUUAAUAGAUUGUAUAGAUUGUUUUAGAAUUUAUUAGAAGAUUCCCAUUUUUUAAAAAAAUUAUAUUGAGCGAUUUAAAUUAAAUAUGUUCUGAAAAUUUUGAAUUUUAAUCAAAAUAAUUCAGUUGUUUUUGGAGAGUUAUUUCAUCAAUUUUUAAGUGAGCCAGCUUCAAUGGUAUUAUAUCUUUAUCAAUAUUUGUGGUUUAACCCUUGAACUUCUGCUCCGGACGGAACUACUGCUCCGGCCCGGAACUACUGCUCCGAAUGCUCCGAAUGCUCCGAAUGCUACGACUGCUCCUAGUGCUUUGGCCCUGAACCUGUUGCUUGUAGUGCUCCAGAUGUUCCUACUGCAGUGAAUUAUUUAAGGACUGGGGGUGCUUGGAUGGCCGUAUGGUUCACUCAUAAGGUCUGUCAUUGAGUCAACUGGCGUGGUUUUGAUUCCCCAGUUGUACGUGACAAGGAGAAGGUUCGCCUAUCCAACCUCAGGAUUUUUUCUCCGGGUCCUCCUGUUUCCUCCAACUGCUAUGCGCAAGCGGAUUAUUGAAAUAAAAUUAAACCAUAUGUUAGUCCCAAAAUGACCUAGUUUGUGUCGAGUGGAUGUUAAACCCCAUUUCUUUCUCUAUUUAAGGACUUUUAACAAUGUCUACGGAACAGAAGAACAGUUGUUUUGGGGCAGUUUUGAAAAUGAGCUACAAAAACUCAAUGUAAAAAUAUCCCAAGAUAUUCAUCAAUUUUCCCUAAUUAUUUCAGGGAAAUGAUGUUGAUUUUUUCUAAAGGGUUAACAUACCAUUAAAAACUCUUAAUUCUGUAAAUAGUUUAAAAUAUCAUUGCCUGAUAUCCGAAUAUUAGGAUGUAUAAAAAAAGUAUUUGGUCAGUCGGGGACACAAUCGUUCCCCAGAUGCUGUAGUGGUCAGUCGGGGACACAGCAGUUCAUCAGAUGCUGUGUUGGUCAGUCAGGGACACAAUAGUUCACCAGAUGCUGUAGUGAUCAGUCAGGGACACACCCGUUCACCGGAUGCUGUGUUGGUCAGUCAGGGAAACAACUGUUCACCAGAUGCUGUGUUGAUCAGUCAGGGCCACAACAUUUCCCUAUCUCGGAAGGGGAUUUCCCCAAUAAACUUCAUGUCACGUAGAAUGACUUUUCUGACACAACAUUUAGGCUACACUGGUUGAGGCCACACAGGUUUCAGCUACACCUAUUUCAGAUACUCCAAUUUUGGCCACACGGGUUGGGGCCACACCAGUGGAGGCAGAUAAUGCCAGUAGUUGUAACGUUCUGUAGUGAGCUUGAAAUCUGCUCAUUCCUCACGCAUCGUGAAAAACAAUCAAAAUAUUUUAAAUCUGGAAGGGUAAAUAAUUUUUGUUUUGUUUGCAGGCAGGAAAAGCCAGUUUGUUUAUGUUUAAAAUUGAUGAAUUCAGGGUUUGUUAAUUUAUAGUUUAUAUUUAACUCUUUAGCUCUUGGUGCGUCUGAAAUCAAUGGUAACCAAAGGUCCAUAGGCUGCCCUUUAACACUUGGUCAAUCUGAAAUCGUUGAUGACUAGGGCUCUUAGCUGUGGUGUCACAUUAUACAGUUUGAGGCGGUCAGGGAAACGGAAGGUCAAGGAUGGACAGCCAGAAAUUUUCCCACACUAAACUUCUCCGCUUGAGAACAGACGCUAAGCUAGUUGACCGACAUUUCAAUUCCUAAAUUGACAAUAUUAGUCAAAAAAACCCUAAGUAUACUUGGAUAAGUUUGAGAAAUAUGUAUUCUGUUUCAAUUUAAUAUCAUUGAACAAGUUUAUUUAGUCUUUGUGUGUAUGGACGGAAUAGAACCACAUUACAAAAUAAUUCACUAAUUUUUGGAUAUGUCGGCCAUUUAGGGCAAAGAUCUAUUCUCAACCCAAUAUUGAUAUUUGUAUCCAAGCCAUGGCCAAUUUUGUUACCUGGCUGUCCCAGCCUACCGGUAUAUUUGUAUAUCCAGUCUGUCCCUGAUUAUAACCCUAUUGUUCAUUAGUUCCAACACCCAGUUUUAGGAAUGUGAUAUCUAUUGUUUUUUUCAGGUGUUUUGUUUAUAAACUUGUCCGAUAUUUUAUGUAUAUUUGCUUUAUUAAUGUAUAAAGAAACAAAAAAAUAAUGAAUACAUGACCCUUCAUUUUGAGAGAAUUCUAAGAAAAGAAUUUCCCUGAAAAAAAUGGGCGAGGUUAACAUGGGAGUAGGGGGAGUGAGGGGUAAGGAUGUUUUUUUGUUAAAACAAUAUUUUAUUCAGGUUGUCUGAAUGGGAUUGGGGAGCAGGCUUAGUCUAUGUAAAACCCCUCUCCCUACAGGAUGUUACUGGAUGUUAUUGCUUAAAUGAUUUGGGCAAUAAUUACACAGUUUUAUCAUCAAGACAUGUGGUUGUGGUCGACCGAACGGCUAAACAUGUGAGUGUUCCAUCAGGUCUGUCAUUUACGUGACAAGGAGUAGGGUUGCCUCUCCAACCUCGUAGGUUUUCUCCUGUUUCCUCCCACUGCUAAAGACCCCUACGCACAAGCUAAUUAGUGUCCACCAUCUCUUUUGACAAAACUAGAAUGCCCCCCCUCCCCCAUCUCUUGACAAAACUAAAAUUACCACCCAAAGAAAUGUAGAUAUGGUUACUACGGACUUCAAAUCUGACGGCUUGUUUAUUUUUGUUUUUUUUUAAAUAAGAAUUUCCCGCCUGAUUUUUGAGAAAUACUCAUCUCUUUUUACAUUAUCUGAAAUGACCACCUCAAGAAUUGUAGCUGGAUUUAUUGGAACUUUAGGCUUGUUUGUUAAUUUUUUAUUUUAAGAAUAAGAAUUCCCCUUUGAUUGUAGGCCUAUUGAUUGUAACCCCAUUGAUUGUAGGUUUAUUGAUUGUAGGCCUUUUGCGUGUAGGCUUAUUGAUUGUAAGCCAAUUGAUUGUAAGCCAAUUGAUUGUAAGCCUAUGGAUUAUAGGCCUAUUGAUUGUAUGCCUAUUGGUUGUAGGCCGAUUGAUUAUAGGCCUGUUGAUUCUAAACCUAUUUAUUGUAGGCCUAUUGAUUGUAAGCCUAUUGAUUGUAA